CUUUAGAGGUUGUGCAAUAAGCAGAGCUUAACAUCAGGAAAGCGUGCAAGAAAAAGGCAGAGCUGGUGUGUAAUCCUUCCCCUCCCAGUGCCUCAUUUUAAAGGAACUGCCUGUGCAAACACUUCAGGUCUCUGUGCUUAUCCUCCAUAGUAAACAUGUCUACGGCUGAGGGGCAGCAAGCAAAGACGGAUACAUUCAUGGCAGACAUGAAGAAAAGGUUAGAAGAGGCCAGCAAGUUGACACCAGAAGAGCUGAAAUUUAGUUAUAAGGGAAUUCUGUACCCUACCAUUCUCUGUAGUGAGGAAACUUUUCAAGCCAUGGAGAAAAUGGAGGCUAGAGAAGAUGAUGUGCUAAUUGUAACCUAUCCAAAAUGUGGAACAAACUGGUCUUUACAGAUACUACAUGAAAUGAUAUUGGAAGUGAACAAAAAAGAGCCAACAAUGAUCAAAGGUAUGCUGGAAUUUGGAAAGCCAGAGAAAUAUGAGUACUUGAGUCAACAGCCUUCACCAAGAGUCUUGGCAACGCAUAUUCCUUGUGAAGAUAUUUCUAAAAGCUUUUUUGAAAAGAAGACCAAGGUGUUACUCAUCCUUCGGAAUCCAAAAGACACGGCUGUGUCCUACUAUCAUUUCACAAACAAGAAUCCUACACUUCCUACGUAUGAAUCUUGGGACUUGUUCUAUAAGGAUUAUAUAACUGGAAAUGUAAUCUAUGGAUCGUACUUUGACUAUACUAUUCAGUGGGAGAAACAUAUUGAUGAUGGGAAUAUUCUUGUACUUACAUUUGAAGACAUGAAAGAGGACCUUUCAAGAGAGCUGAGAAAAAUAAGUGACUUCUAUGGCUUAGCUCUGACGGAUGAGCAAAUCAAGUUGGUCCAGGAAAAAACAACUUUUUCGUCUAUGAAGGAGAAAUCCAGUAACACACAUGGAGAUCUUGCGAAUGUUUUUUUCAGAAAAGGAGAAGUAGGGGAUUGGAAGAAUCUUUUUACUGAAGAACAGAGCAAAGAGGUGGAUGCACAAUUUGAAAAGUAUCUUGCUGGUACAAAACUAGGAAAUAUGAUAAACUAUGAAAAAUACUGUACAUUUUAAUGUGAUUUUAGUCUGAUCUCUUCCUCAAGUUUUAUGUUUUUAUGUGCUUGUAUUUAAUAAAAAAACACAUUGAUUUAA